AUGUCAAUAAGAACUAUUAAUUUAUGGUCAAAAUUUUUUUCGCAAUAUACAGCACCAACCACAUUGUACACUCAUUCUACAAUUUUGCAUUUAAUUAGGCAUAACAACAUUCAAAAAUCAUUAAUUUAUAAUGAACCACGGAUUUUACAAAUUACACGAGGUUUUCGCCGUGGAAAAUCAAAACUUAGUUCAGACUCGUCUCAAAAUUCUAAUAGUGACGGAUCAAAAGGUGAUGAUGGAAAGGGAGAAGGUGAUGGAUCUAAUAAAGGUAGUGGUGGUGGUGAUGGACCUGCUGAUACUCCGGCACCCAAAUCACCAUUUGAAGGAAUACAUAGGACUUUACAUGUUUUGGAAACAACUAUGCAAAAACCAACAAUACCUGAAAUCUAUCCACAAGUAUUGGCAUUGCCAAUUGCCAGAAGGCCAUUAUUCCCAGGAUUCUAUAAAGCUGUUGAAAUUAAAGAUGCAAAUGUUACAGCUGCUGUGAAAGAAUUAAUGAAACGUGGUCAACCUUAUGUUGGAGCAUUCCUUUUAAAAGAUGAAGAGCUUGAUGUUGAUACAAUUACUAAUAUUGCACAAGUUUAUAAAGUGGGAGUAUUUGCACAGAUCACAAGUGUUUUCCCUGCAAAUGGAGCCCAAGAUGAAAAUUCUUUGACUGCUGUUUUAUAUCCUCAUCGAAGAAUUCGUAUUACUGAACUUAUACCACCAACAACACAAAGCAGCGCACCAGAAGCUGAAAUUGUUGCUGAACCUGGUCCUUCAGUUAAUGAAGAACCAAUAAAAAAAGAAUCUGAACCUCAAUAUGCAACUUCAUUCCUUGAAAAUUAUAAUGUGUCACUUGUGAAUGUAGAAAAUUUACAUGAUGAACCUUAUAAUAGGAAAAAUCAAAUCGUUCGUGCCAUUACAUCAGAAAUUGUUGCAGUUUUCAAAGAUAUUGCAACAUUAAAUCCACUAUUUCGUGAUCAAAUUGCCAAUUUUUCCAUGUCACAAUCUGCUGGAAAUGUUUUUGAAGAACCAGCAAAAUUGGCUGAUUUCGCAGCUGCAGUAUCUACAGGUGAACCAAAUGAGUUACAAGAAGUUCUUGAGAGUCUAGUUAUUGAAGAAAGAUUGCAAAGAUCUUUGUUAGUUCUUAAGAAAGAGUUAGUAAAUGCUCAAUUGCAAAGUAAAAUCAGUAAGGAGGUAGAAUCUAAAAUUGCAAAACGACAAAGAGAAUAUUAUUUGAUGGAACAAUUAAAGGGUAUCAAAAAAGAAUUGGGGAUUGAAUCAGAUGGAAAGGAUAAAUUGGUUGAAAAAUUCAAAGAAAAAGCAGAAAAACUUGCCAUGCCAGAAACUGUUAAAAAAGUUUUUGACGAGGAAAUUAAUAAACUUGCACAUCUGGAGCCUGCAGCUUCUGAAUUUAAUGUCACAAGGAAUUAUUUAGACUGGCUUACACAAGUACCAUGGGGACAAAGAUCUCCUGAAAAUUAUAAUAUUAAACACGCAGUGAAAGUUUUAGAUGAAGAUCAUUAUGGGCUUCAAGAUGUAAAGGAUCGAAUAUUAGAAUUCAUAGCUGUUGGAAAAUUGAGGGGCACUGUUGAAGGCAAGAUUUUAUGUUUCGUUGGGCCUCCUGGUGUUGGCAAAACAUCUAUUGGAAAAUCAAUUGCUAGAGCAUUAUCUAGACAAUUUUAUCGAUUUAGUGUUGGUGGACUUACAGAUGUUGCUGAAAUUAAGGGACAUCGUCGUACAUAUGUAGGAGCUAUGCCCGGUAAAGUUGUCCAGGCAUUGAAAAAAGUUCAAACCGAAAAUCCAUUGAUACUGAUUGAUGAAGUUGAUAAGAUUGGACGUGGCCAUCAAGGUGAUCCAUCAUCAGCUCUUCUUGAACUCCUUGAUCCUGAACAAAAUUCAUCUUUCUUGGAUCAUUACAUGGAUGUUCCGAUAGAUUUAUCAAAAAUACUAUUUGUUUGUACUGCCAAUGUUGUGGAUACUAUACCGCUUCCGUUACUUGAUCGUAUGGAGGUGAUUCAAUUGUCUGGAUAUGUUGCUGAUGAAAAGGUAGCAAUAGCUUCUAAAUAUUUAGCACCUACAGCUAAAGAAAUGGCAGGAUUACAGAAUGUAGAAGUUACAAUUCAACAAGAUGCAAUUGAAACUUUGAUUCGUUCAUAUUGUCGAGAAAGUGGUGUCCGUAAUCUUAAGAAACAUAUUGAUAAAAUAUAUCGUAAAGCUGCUCUCAAAAUAGUAAAUGAAAUAAAAGAAGAAAUAAUACCAGAAGAUCAAGGAGUUAUAAAUAACAAUAAAGAAACAGAAUCGCCACCAUCACAAUCAACAACAAUAGAGCAAGCACCAAAAAAUGAGUUCUCCACAACUACAGAACCACAGAAACCAUUAGAAGUUCCUGAGGGCAUUCAUGUUAAUAUUACCUCAGAAAAUUUGAAAGAUUAUGUUGGUCCACCUGUAUGGCAUUCCGACCGUUUAUACGAUCAUACACCACCUGGUGUUGUUAUGGGUUUAGCAUGGACAAGUAUGGGUGGUUCCGCAUUAUACGUUGAGUCUACUUUAGAAUCUAUUAUUAAUAAAAAAUCAACACCUUCACUUUCAAAAACUGGACAAAUGGGUGAUGUGAUGAAAGAAUCUACUACUAUUGCUUAUACAUAUUCAAAAAGUUUGAUGGUUCGACAAUUUCCAGAAAAUAAAUUUUUCGAAAAGGCAGCUAUACAUCUUCACAUACCAGAAGGAGCUACUCAAAAAGAUGGACCAUCUGCUGGAAUUACUAUGACCACAUCGCUUUUAUCAUUAGCAUUAUCAAAACCUCUUGACCCUACAAUAGCAAUGACAGGUGAAUUAACGUUGACAGGAAAAGUUUUAAAAAUCGGAGGCCUUAGAGAGAAAGCAGUAGCAGCCAAAAGGUCAGGAGUGAAAACUAUAAUUUUUCCUGAUGCAAAUAUAAGUGAUUGGGAGGAAUUACCUGAUAAUGUAAAAGAAGGUUUAACAGGUGUGCCAGUAGCAUGGUAUAACGAUGUUUUCAAAGUGGUUUUUGGUGAUAUAAGUAAAGAAUAUGCAGAAAAGGUUUGGACAGAUUUUUCAAAGAAAUUUCCUGAAAUAGAAGAUAAAAAAGAUAAAAAAAUGAGUGAUGAUCAAUAA